AUGGUUAGAAGAAUCUCCCUCAUCGCCUGCCUUGGCCUUGUGGCCGGCUUACACGCGCAUCAGACGACAGACUCGUUCAGAAACGAGGCUAGGGGUGCUAAAUUCCAACACCGCUCCCGCAAUGUUCCUCUGUCUGAUCAGUCAUACGACUAUAUCGUCGUCGGUGGUGGGACUUCUGGAAUUGUAACGGCGCAGCGGCUGGUCGAGACGGGCAAGACGGUUUUGCUACUUGAGCGCGGCGGUCCGUCGUACUACUCGACUGGAGGCAGGCCCACGGUGCCGUGGAACGACACCGCGACCCCUCACGACAUCCCCGGCCAGUUUUACGUAGUGUUGCUUUCUGGAGGCAGCUUGUGCACCGACGUACCUGAGCUAGCAGGCUGCGUUUUGGGCGGCGGCUCGGCCGUCAACGGGAUGCAGUUCAUCCGGCCGCCCAAGACUGACUUUGACAACUGGCCCAAGGGCUGGAGAUGGGAGGACGGGCUCGACGCCGCGGCGGAGCGUGUUUACCAGCGGGAACCCGGCACCACCAUGCCUUCGUCGGACGGCAAGUUCUACGACAAUGCUGUCUAUGAUGUCUUGUCUGAGGAGUUGGCCGGCAUGGGUUGGUCUGAGAUUGAUAGCAACAAGGAGCCGGAGAGGAAGACCAAGGCCUACGGGCCACCCGCGGCCCAUGUCACCAACGGCCGUCGGUCCGGUCCUGCAAUCUCAUACCUACCCCUGGCACAAGAGAAGCCCAACUUCACACUGAAGCUCCACACCAAGGUGAUCCGUGCCGUGCGCACCAACUCAACCGUCACGGGGGUCGAGGCUCAGUCUGAGUCAGGCGAGCGGCUCAUCUAUCCCGUCACGCCCGGAAGCGGCAAGGUCAUUUUUGCAGCGGGAACCAUGUCGACGCCGCGGCUGCUGUUCCACAGCGGCAUCGGGCCCCGGGACCAGAUUGAGAUGGCCCGACUGUCCCCGGAUAACGUAACGCUGCCGCCCGAGGACGCAUGGAUCGAGUCGCCCGUCGGGAUCGUCAGGGAUCAUACCCUGUAUCUGAUGGAUUUUGCAGUCAAGGGUGGCAUUGACACGCUCUCGUUGGAAGAGCUUGCGAACCCAUCGCAGGAGAACAUCAACCUCUUUGCCAAGGGGGCGGGCCCGCUGGUACAGACCUUCAGGCUCAACUCCUUCACAUCGGUCGAGGACGUUACGGGACACAAGAGGUACUUUGUCGCGAGUUGGAGCUCGGUGGCGGAGAACACCAUCUCUGGCAGCCUGCAGAUGACGCACGGGUCGACUUCGACGGGCAGGCUUGGGCUGACGGCCGAGGGCAAUACGGUCUGGACGCAGAACCCGUGGCUGCAGACUGAGGGCGACAAGGAGGCCCUGGUGGUGGCCAUCGAUGAGCUGCUGGCCAUGAGCAGGAAGGAGGGAAGCCGGCUGGUUUGGGUUGGCUAUGGCGGCGAGAAUGUGACGGGUGCGGAUAUCGUCGAGAACGUCGCGGCCCAAAGUGCAGUGCACAUGACGGGCACUGCUGUCAUUGGUACCGACGAUGGGAGUAAGGGCGGCAAGGCAGUCGUCGAUCUUGACACCAAGGUCUACGGGACAAAUAACCUGUUUGUUGUGGAUGCCUCGAUGCACGCCGACCUGCCCACCGGUAACACCGUGGCCAUUGUCAUGGUGGCGGCUGAGAGGGCGGUUGAGAGGAUCAUUGCGCUUGGGUAG